UUUUAGGGGUACAAAAUUUGUGUUGAAUAGCAAAGAUUGUUCGGUUGUGUGAGAAAAUAGAACUUUCGCAAAGCAAAGCAAAGCGUGGUCACAUACUUGCUCUCGAAACUCACUGAUUUCAAUGUCAAAGUCAUGCAAGGGUUUAGCCAUGGAGCUGGUGAAGGGUCUAAGCGAUUCUGAUUGUCUUAAGGUUGAGAAGAGAUCCUACAGGGAUUGUGCUAAAGAGAAGAUUCCAUCAAUACCCAGUGAGUGUGUCGGAUUGAGAGAAACCUAUUUCAAUUGCAAGAGAGGACAGGUUGAUAUGAGAGCCAGAAUUCGUGGAAACAAGGGCUAUUAAGAUUGCUGCUAAUCUGAACGGUGAAAUUGUAUAUUCUUAAUUUUUUUUUUUUUCGUUUUGGAAACUUCUGCUGUCAAGCUGUGCUGAAUCAUUUACGGUGUUGGUCCAAUUCGUUGUUCACUUUUAAUGUAUAGCGCAAGAUGAAAUUAACACAAGUGAACAAUGAGGCUGAAUAAAAGAAUAUUGGGAACUUAUCAGUGGUUCGAUUCGAUGGUGUUGUGAUAAUUGGUCGUUUUUUGGAGUGAACAUUAAUAUAACUCCAUUUAACAGAGUAGUACAUCUACUACAUAAACCUCCAUUCCCUCCGUUCAUUACCAAGUUUUGACCGGCAUAAAGGAUUAGUCCCUUGGAUUGCCCAUCUUCUAAUAAUUUCAUGAUAUUAAUUGUAUUUGAUUAAUAUAACAAUAGUUCUGUUCUUUUGCAGCCUGCAGUAUUGCUACUUUGAUACAACUCAAAUUUUUCAUAAUUGUGCUUAUAAGUUUUUAGGUUAAA